UCUCCUGGUCUUCUUCUUUUUGCAAGUGACACCCCACCCCCCCACUCAAGAUGAAGCUGAAAGAGGACAUCAACCCCCUGCUCCUGCAGGUCUUCCGGUCUGUGGUCUGGGUCUACUCUAUGAUCACCUUCAUACCCUGGUACUUCCUCUCCGGAUCCAACUUGGAACGGGCCCGCCGCAUCAAAGCGCGCUCAAUUAGCGGACACCCGGCCGGCCCGUACAGGGCCAUCGACAGCCAGCGGGAGCUGGCGGCGUGGUUUCACCCUGGGGUGGACACGCUCGAUAAAGUGUUUGAAUAUGCAGCCAAAAGGUUUCCCCAGCGGGACUGUUUGGGCACCAGAGAAGUGCUGAGUGAGGAGGAUGAGCUGCAACCUAACGGGAAGGUCUUUAAAAAGGUCAUACUCGGGAACUACAACUGGCUGUCGUACGCCGAGACCUACCGGGCAGCCGAGAUGUUCGGAAGCGGUCUGGCGUCACUGGGCCAAAAACCUCAGUGCAACAUCGCCAUCUUUUGCGAGACCAGAGCCGAAUGGAUCGUGGCUGCUCAAGCCUGCUUCAUGCACAAUUUCCCACUCGUCACAUUGUACGCCACUCUGGGACCCACGGCCAUUGCCCACGGUCUGAACGAGACCGAGGUCACACACAUCAUCACCAGUAAAGACCUACUGCAGAGUCGUCUCAAGGCGAUAUUGUGCGACAUUCCGCGGCUGCAGUACGUCAUCGUAGUCGACGGGAAAACGUCCGGCUGGCGGGACAUCCCCAGAGGCGUCACGGUCCACAGCAUGGACAGUGUUAAAGAGAUGGGCUCCAGGAUCGAAAACUUGGCCACCGAGCGCAGACGGCCGCAGUCGUCGGACAUCGCCGUCAUCAUGUACACUAGCGGCUCUACGGGCAUCCCCAAGGGUGUGGUCAUCUCCCAUGGCAACAUCAUCGCCGGCAUCACCGGGAUGGCAGAACGAAUCCCCAACCUCAACGAAACGGACACCUACAUCGGCUACCUGCCGUUGGCCCACGUUUUAGAGCUCAGCGCCGAGCUGGUGUGCGUCUCUCACGGCUGUCGCAUCGGCUAUUCCUCCCCGCAGACUCUCGCCGACCAGUCCACCAAAAUCAAAAAGGGCAGCAAAGGCGACACCAGCAUGUUGAGACCUACACUCAUGGCCGCUGUACCGGAAAUCAUGGACCGCAUUUAUAAGAAUGUGAUGACAAAAGUGGAGGGAAUGAGCAGAUUUCAAAAGACGCUAUUUGUGCUGGCGUACAACUACAAGAUGGAGCAGAUCUCCAAAGGCUACAGCACGCCCCUUUGUGACAGUUUGGUGUUCAAGCGGGUGCGGGCACUGCUGGGCGGCAACACGCGCGUGCUGCUCUCGGGCGGAGCCCCGCUGUCGGCCGCCACGCAGCGCUUCAUGAACAUCUGUCUGUGCUGCCCUGUGGGGCAAGGCUACGGCCUCACGGAGACCUGUGGAGCGGGCACCAUCAGUGAGGUUUGGGACUACAGCACCGGACGGGUGGGCGCACCUCUCGUUUGCUCCGAAAUGAUGCUCAAGGACUGGGAAGAGGGAGGCUACUACAGCACGGAUAAGCCCAACCCACGGGGGGAAAUCUUGAUUGGUGGGCCCAACGUGACAAUGGGCUACUACAAAAACCAAGCCAAGAACCGUGAGGACUUUUUUGUGGACGGGAAAGGCCAGAGAUGGUUCUGCACCGGAGACAUCGGGGAGUUUGACCAUGACGGAUGCCUCAAGAUCAUUGACCGCAAAAAAGACUUGGUGAAACUACAAGCUGGCGAGUACGUCUCUUUGGGAAAAGUGGAGGCUGUUCUGAAGAACUGUCCGCUAAUAGACAACAUUUGUGCCUAUGCCAACAGUGACCAGUCAUACGUUAUCAGUUUUGUGGUGCCCAACCAUAAACUGCUGAUGGCACUAGCGGAGCGGUUGCAGGUGUGGGGCACGUGGGAGGAGAUCUGCAACAAUCCACAGAUGGAGAAGGAAGUGCUCCGCAUCCUCACUGAGGCCGCUAUCUCGUCAAAACUGGAGCGCUUUGAGAUCCCCAAAAAGGUGCGGCUGAGCGCCGAAGCCUGGACACCAGAGACGGGCCUGGUCACCGACGCCUUCAAACUCAAACGCAAAGAGCUCAAAACGCACUACCAAGAAGACAUUGAGAGGAUGUACGGAGGGAAAUAACGCAGCGCGCGCAUGCACACGUACACGCAGUAAGACGAGCAGCUCCGAGGCCCCUGAAAGUGCGGGGAGCCAAGACCGACCGACCCGUGCUAUUGAUCAACACGCAGGGGAAAAAUCCAUCUUCUCUCUAACCAGUGACUCGCACUCCCGCCCAGUUCUCAAUGAUGCGUUUGGCCCUCGGAGUUGCCGCGGCAACCAAGGCCAAGAGUAACAAAUACCAGGUUUGGACGUACGCCGUGACGUUCUUUCACCACUGCCGGCCGAGACCACCGGUGGCCAAAUUGUACUCCAAAUGCGGCAGAAUCAAUCGCUUGUGAGCGAGCGUUUAAACAAGCAAAAUCAAUCCGGUUGUCCUGACUUUGUCAACGGUUAAUGAGGUAGUCAGAAUCAACAACACGGAGUGAGAACACUAAGCGUCUGGCUUCGGAAGGCACAUAUUUGAUAUUGGGAACAUUUCACUGCACAUCACCAGACAAAAAGAAAGUGAGGCAAACAAUAGUCAAGUAUCGAUUGGGUUUUGAAAAACGCAAAAGCGUGUCAGCAAAGCAAGCGGUUAUAGCAUUUGCCCCUUUGACAUACCCUCGUGUAAACUUGAUACAUAUGUGGAUUCGUUCAGCCGUCGGCUCCAAGUGCAUUUCAUUCUUCUUUGUAUUGCUGGCGUGGAUAGAUUAACAAAGUAUGUGUGUCCAAUCGAGUGGAAAUUCGCCAAAUUUCACUUGAUUGGUGCAUUUUUUUCCCUUCUAAAUGUAAAAUAUCUGGCUUAUGCGGGGGAUAGGAAGUUUCUAGUUAGUAAAAGGUAUGUGCAAAUGUUUGUGUUUGAGGAGUAAGUGUUGAAAAGCCAUGAGCGAUCAGUCAAAUGUUUAUGUGUUCACUUGAGGGG